AUGUCGCUCUCACGCUCUCCUUCACCCAAACGAGGCGGCGGCUGGGCCAGUCCUGGACUCAAUGCCAACUUCGCCCAGAGCAGGAGCUCCACCNCCGUGACGUCCUACAGCCAGAACCACUCGGUCACCUGGGCCUCUGCUCAAGCAAGAAGCCAUCAGGUCAACGGAUACCCAGCAUAUCAAGACGCCGGCUCAAGCUUCUUUGGCAAACACAUGCGCAAAAUCUCGGCGAGCCUACCCUUCUUCAACAAUGGCCCCAAGGACGAGCGUCGGGCCGAAAAGGAGAAGGCGGGCAGAGGCAGAUGGGCUCCUGCACGAGGAGGCUAUCUUGCCAGCAUCAAGUCGAUGCUCGGUCGCCAUAUGCUGAGAUCAAAGUCUCGAUUUGUCCUGGUGCUGGUCUUCUUGUUGCUUAUUCUUUGUUUCUAUACUACCCCUUUACAUUACUGGUAUCGAAGAAGCUCGUGGCUGGGCGGCGGCAGCAAAUUCGUCGUCAUUCUGGCAGCCAACAUGGGAGGAGGAGUCAUGGAGUGGAAGGGGCCUCGCGAGUGGGCAAUCGAGCGCGACAGUGUGCGCAACAAGAAAAACUACGUGCACCGCUGGGGUUAUGAGUUGGAAAUUGUCGAUAUGAGCACAAAGAAACGCUACGCGCACGAGUGGAGAGAGAGCUGGGAGAAGGUCGACACGAUUCGCAACGCCAUGCGCAAGUACCCACAGGCCGAGUGGUGA